AAAAAACCGAGACGAAAAAAAGAAAGAAGCCGCAAAGAACACGUAGAGUGUAUAUCGUAGCACCAGCCCAAGCCCAGGACAGCUCAAGAAAGCCAGGAACCAAUAGAGAUCUCCACAAUGGGCGGUGGUAACGGAGCCAAGGCGGCGCAGAAGCGUGCCCGGAACGAGAAACAUAAGAACGUUCCGAAGGCCGCCUCGCAGUUGAAGUCCAACGCCGCCGCUAUGAACAUCAUCUGCGCCAUUUGCAAGCAGGCCUUCCUCUCGACUUCCCGCGAACCUCAGCUGACACUGCACGCCGUCAACAAACAUAACGCAACCCUUCCCCAGUGCUUCCCUGACUUCAAGCCCCCUGCGUCCAAAUGAGCGCUGCCAGCCACACUUCCACGGAUUAACGACCACUCACGAGUGUUACGAAGAACUGACGGGUAG